AUGGGCUCAAUUUCGACUGCAGGAGAGGCCGUGGCCCGAAUCGCCCACCAGGCCUCCGACGUAAUUGUAUCCGUCGUUCCUUCCCUCUCGACCGAGUCCGAGUUCUCAGAGGCCUUGAAGGGCCUCCAAAAGCACAAUGCGCCUAGUGUUGUGUCCAAGACACUUCCGGAGGUCGUAACCGUCCGCCAAAAUGCCGACCCCCUCCUCUCAGUCUUCCAGCCCGUUCGCGCGGGCAAACUCACCAGCGUGACCACAACUUCCUCCAUUCUUGUCAAGUCGAUACCCCACCUCUACAAACUCGCCCAGUACCCUGUCGUUAUACACGUAUCGGUAGCGCCUUCAGGGUACCCUGACUUCUCUGACAUCACAUCCAUCAGGCAGUCUGGCUUUGCCUUCAUUCAGUCUGAGACUCUACAGGAGUUGCAAGAUCUCGCCCUCACAGCACAUGCCUUGGCCAUCAAGUCAGGCAAAGGUGUCAUCCACUUCUUCGACUCUGGCGCGAGCGCAUUCAGGAAGACAGUAGAGGUGGAAGAUGCAGCUCUGGUCCGGAGUGUCAUUGACAUGGAUGCUGUGGCGGCCUUCCAAAACUCAAAGUCCCAGGAGACCUCGCUGUACGCGGAUGAUGGCAGGACUCCUUCCCUAAGUUUCGCCCGCAGCCAAGCCGUCAAUGCCGCUCCUACUUCAGCACUGGCCGGUGCCCCAGAACAAGGCAAGUCGCUUCCGGCUUCGGAAAGAAACAGCCAGCGUGGUGACUCUUCCUCCGGAUCAUCAGAACGUGAGGCUAGCACAAGUGCCGCAUCAGUGUCCUCAGCCACCACUGUUGAGUCCUUAAUAUCAAAACCUGUUUCCUCAGAAGACAUCUACCGAUUUGCUACACAAAUCUGGUCAACCAUAAGGGAGGCUACUGGAAGAAGCUACGACGCCUUUGCCUUUUCAGGUACAGGCAAAGAGGAGGCUGCUAUCUUCUUGUUUGGUGCCGACACCGCUGUCUUUGCCACCGAGUUGGAUAGUGUUGAUGAGACCAAGGCAUAUGCCAACACGGCUAUCAUCACAGCUCGGUUAUACCGCCCGUGGUUGGGCUCAUCGCUUGCCCCUAUGCUGCCUUCUUCUCUCAAGAGGAUUGCCGUUAUUGAGCAAGUUCGGAGAAAGACCACUAGGUGGGGUCCCGUGUUACUCGAUAUCCUCAUGUCGCUCAAGGCGAGUGGCGGUGCAUCUCCUACAGUCGUUGGAUACCAAUUGGGCUACAUUAACGAGGAGACUGUUUCACAGGCAAUGCGCGGUGUUUGGCAGAACCUUAUGAGCGAGACGCCUGUUCAGAACCUCGUCAUUGGUAACCUUGAUGGACCCGAGGCACAGCCUUUGAAGAUUGAGCAACCAGCAUUGGAGAACGCCUACAUCAAAAUCCUGAACCAAGUCUUUGGUGAGAAACUCCACGUAGCUAAUCAGCUCGGAUCACAGCACGCUGGCAUCUCCAACGAAAUCGCAUCUACUCCAGAGUAUGGCUUUGGAUCACUCGUUGCGCGCAAGGAGCACCGAAAGCGAUUUGUUGAAGAGGCCGCUGCUGCUUCCAAAGACAAUAAGUUCGUCACUCAAGCACCGCAGCAAUGGCUCUCCAAAUGGGCUCUUAGCGCUGAUGACACCGAUAAGGCCAAUGAACUGGCUUCUGAGGUCAUUGCCCGCUUGAGUACUGAUGGUUCGCCUAUUGCCAGCCAGCUACUUUCUUCCAAGAAAUUGUUCUACAAGGAAUCACCUUGGCUGAUUGGAUCUGAUGCUUGGGCGUACGACCUCGGAAAUUCUGGUGUACACCAUGUGCUAGCAUCUGGAGAGAACGUUAACAUGCUCAUCAUUGACUCUACCCCUUACUCGGAGCGAGCUGCUGCUGAUGCGGCGAGGCGGAAGAAGGACAUUGGGCUGUACGCUAUGAACUUCGGUAACGCAUAUGUUGCAUCGGUUGCGGUAUACAGUUCCUACACUCAGGUUCUGGAGGCCAUGAUUGAAGCCGACAAGUUCAACGGUCCCUCCGUUGUCCUCGCAUAUCUGCCAUACGAGAAGGAAAAUGACACCCCUUUGACUGUCCUGCAAGAAACCAAGAAGGCUGUUGACCUGGGAUACUGGCCACUCUACCGAUGGGACCCCAAGGCCGAGGAGAAGGGCGAAGUGAACUUCAAGCUGGACUCUGAGCGCAUCAAGAGAGAGUUGGAGGAGUUCCUCUCUCGCGACAACUACAUGUCGCAGGUCAUGAAGCGACACCCUGAGUUCGCAUCUAACCUCUCCGGAUCAUAUGGAACCGAAGUCAGGCAGCUACAGAAGCGCAAGGCCAAGGACGCUUAUAGCAAACUACUCGAAGGUCUUCAAGGCGACCCACUGACAAUUCUCUUCGCUUCUGACAAUGGCAACGCUGAGAAUCUGGCAAAGAGGCUAGGAAACCGAGGCAAGGCUAGAGGCCUCAAGACCAUUGUCAUGGCCAUGGAUGACUUUCCACUCGAGGAUCUUCCCAACGAGCAGAAUGUCGUCUUGAUGACCAGUGUAGCUGGUCAGGGAGAAUUCCCUCAGAAUGGCCGAGCCUUCUGGGAAGCCGUCAAGGACUCCACUGACCUAGAUCUUGCGACAGUAAACUUCGGUGUGUUUGGUCUUGGUGACAGCCAUUACUGGCCCCGCAAGGAGGACAAGAUCUACUACAACAAGCCUGCAAAGGAUCUCCACGCUCGUCUUCUCACUCUAGGUGGCAAGCCUCUAGUCGACUGUGGUCUUGGAGAUGACCAGGAUCCAGAUGCUUACCAGACCGCGUACGCCGAGUGGGAGCCGAAGCUCUGGGAGAAGCUAGGUGUCUCCAAUGUUGAGAACCUGCCAGAGGAGCCCGCGCCGCUUACCAACGAAGACAUGAAGGCUGCCUCAAACUACCUGCGAGGUACCAUCGAGGAGGGCUUGGCUGAUACCAGCACUGGUGCCAUUUCGGCAAGCGACCAGCAGCUCACAAAGUUCCAUGGUACCUAUAUGCAGGAUGACCGUGACCUCCGCGACCAGCGCAAGGCCCAGGGUCUUGAGCCAGCCUAUUCUUUCAUGAUCCGAUGCAGACUUCCUGGAGGUGUUUCCACGCCUAAACAAUGGCUACAGAUGGACGAGAUUAGCAGCACGCUUGGUAACGAGACCAUGAAGCUGACCACCCGACAAACAUUCCAGUUCCAUGGCGUCGUCAAGGGCAAGCUCAAGCCUGCUAUGCAGGCCAUCAACAAGGCUUUGAUGACCACCAUUGCUGCUUGUGGUGAUGUUAACCGAAAUGUCAUGUGCAGCUCUCUCCCUACGCAGUCCAAGUACCACGGUCAGGUCCACAGCUACGCGCAGAAGAUCAGCGAUCACCUUCUUCCUUCUACAACAGCAUAUCACGAGAUUUGGCUCGAGGAUGAUGAAACAAAGCAGAAGCGUAAGAUCGCUGGUGAGGCUGUUCAGGACCACGAGCCGCUGUAUGGUCCUCUCUACCUUCCUCGAAAGUUUAAGAUCACUAUUGCUAUUCCUCCACACAACGAUACUGAUGUGUACGCCCACGACAUUGGUCUCAUUGCUAUCAAGGGCGAAGAUGGCAACCUUGCAGGUUUCAAUGUGCUUGCCGGUGGUGGUAUGGGUGUAACACACAACAACAAGAAGACUUACCCGCGUACUGGAUCCAUGUUCGGCUACGUUGCAGCUGAUCAAGUGCAUCUUGUUUGCGAAAAGAUCAUGCUUGUUCAGCGCGACCACGGUGACCGCAAGAACCGAAAGCACGCUCGUCUCAAGUACACGAUUGAUGACAUGGGCCUAGACGUCUUCAUCCAAAAGGUUGAGGAUCUUUGGGGUCAAAAGUUUUCGGAGCCCAAGCCUUUCAAGUUCCAAAGCAACAUUGAUACCUUCGGUUGGCAAAAGGAUGAGCUUGGUCUCAACCACUUCACCUUCUUCAUUGAGAACGGCCGUAUCGAGGACACUGCUGAUUUCCCGAUGAAGACUGGUCUCGUAGAGGUAGCCAAGGCACACAAGGGCGAGUUCCGUCUCACUGGUAACCAACAUCUGAUAUUGGCCAACGUUGCAGAUGAGGACCUACCAGCCAUGAAGGAACUUCUCAAGAAGUGGAAGCUUGACAACACCAACUUCUCGGGAAUGAGAUUGUCUAGUUCCGCCUGCGUUGCCUUCCCAACUUGCGGUCUCGCUAUGGCUGAGUCAGAACGCUACCUACCCGAGCUCAUCACCAAGCUUGAGGGAACGCUUGAAGAGUCUGGCCUUCGUCAAGACAGCAUUGUCAUGCGCAUGACGGGUUGUCCCAACGGUUGCGCCCGUCCUUGGCUCGCCGAGGUUGCAUUCGUCGGCAAGGCUUACGGAGCGUACAACAUGUACCUUGGUGGUGGCUACCACGGCCAAAGGCUGAACAAGCUCUAUAGGAGCUCAAUCAAGGAAGAUGAGAUUCUGGAGAUCAUGAAGCCGUUGAUCAAACAAUACGCCAAGGAGAGGAAUGAGGGCGAGCACUUUGGUGACUUUGUCAUAAGAAAGGGUUACAUCAACGAGACAACACACGGAACAAACUUCCAUGAUAACACUGCCGAAGCAGAGUCAGACGCAGAGUAA